GUUUCCUUGUUUGGGUUGAUUAGCAGCAAACAUGACUUUUGUUCUGAGCAAUGCAGCUCAGAUGUGUUCCUCUGUGACUUCAGCUAGCGUACUGCAAGAAAACCCCUGUGCUGGAGGCAAUAAAGCAUGCUUCAUUAAAUAGAGCUGAGCAAAUACAGGGAAAAACUGUUAACAAACGUUCACUUGAUCUGCAGUAAGAAUUCACUGUAGUUGGGCUGGCAUCCCUCUGAAUUUUUCACCACAGUACACUUAAACAAUCAUAUCUUGUUCACAUCAAUUCUUGCUGAAUGCCAACAGUAAGACCACAUGCCCAUUUAGUUGCAAGUAAAAGGAUGAGACUUCAAAGCUUUGUAAUAGAUGUGAUACAUUUUAGUGAGGUUAAUUCACUAAUCAUCACAACAGGGAGAGAAGCUAUCCUAAAGAGAGCUGGCCAAAAAUUAAAAGGGGAUUCUUAUCAUGCACAAAGUAAUUUUUGUUUUUGUUUUUUUUUUGAAGUCUGUUUUCACUCUAGGUUGAGCUGAAAGACACAAACACACUGAACACAUAAAGGAACCAGAAAUGCUGGUAUAAGUUUUACUUCAGAAGGAAAGAAAUGGAUUCAAAAACAGGAAUGCUGGUUUUACUGAACAAUGUUGUGCAGUUUAUAUGUUAGCGUGAGAAGUGACUCAGGGCUUUCUGGCUCUGUGUCCUCGCAGCAGGAAGCAGAGAAUUUCACAGCAUGGGGAAGGCACUAAGACAAAAUGUCCCUGUGUGGAACUAGAAAAAGGUCUGCAGUUUGGGCACUGUUCAGUCUUUAGUUCCAGUCUAGGGAUAUGGCUGUCAUCAUUGUGCAUGAGCAUUAUUUCUAACAGGCUUGAUUCUAAAGAGAGGAGGAAAAUAAAUAAAUAGAUCAGAAUUUGAGUAAUCAAAAAACAAAAACAAAACCAACCAAAGGGACCACAGUUUCUCCUUUAGAUGUAGGGUAUGCAAGGUCUCUAACCACCUCUCCUCUGAGAAAAAAAGAUCUCUUUGGUAUUUCUGUAUUUUUCCCACACUCCUUUUCCUCUGUUAGUUUACUCUAGCCUUCUCAAGAGAAAUCUCUUUCAUUUCUUGUUGAAUUUUGAGUCCUCAGCAGGGACUUAAUCUCCUUGGCUAGUUUUCAGCACCUGUGGUAUUUGGCACAAAAAUGAGACUGGCUCCUUUUCUGCGCCAUUAAAGAGAUUGUAUGGCCUAUUAGUCGUAAGACUUUCGGUUGCUGGGUUUCACAGUAGAGUGCCUGGAAGUUUAGCUUUGGUCAUUUAGCCAAGAAGUGGUGACUCCAAGGGUUUGGGGUCUGGAUGGAUCCAUGAGGCAGAGAUCCUCGAGCUAGGAACCAUUAAGAAGAAUGCCCUCGCUGUUGUAGUCCCAACCUAGAAACUGGGUACCUGUAGGGUUCUUGAGCUUUUCACCUGGAACAUCUACAUGAAGAAAAAAGACUAAAAUGCUGACUAACUCCUACAUAGGCUGAGACCAGUAAUUUGGACAUGACAAAAAUUAUUUGGAUCAGAAGGCGUUUUGGACAGAUUAUUUUUUUAGCAUAAUGAGUUGCAGGAAGUUCUGAUUACCUUCAGAUGAGAGUCUCUUUUUUGACCAGGUGACUUCAGGUAGCUUGCGGGUGGGAAGAAGAUGGAUGUCUUAGAGCUGUAGGUAGGAUAAUUAAUCUUUAUCUAAAAUCCUCUAUUUUAAGUAUGCACACAAGCAUGGCCUGUGAGGAAAAGGCCAGAUACCACUUGUUACUGACUGUACCUUUACUAUUUAACUACACUUAACCCCAUGCACAUGGGAAAAAGGAUAUAACUGAUCUGAGAACCAGUUUUAUGUGGCUGGAGGUGCUACUCUCUUUGUAGGUCUCAUAAGAAAAUUAAAACCUUUUUUCAUCCAGUACAUUUCCAACGUAUUUCUCUUAAAUUGCUUUAAAUCACCAUUAAAAACAAACAAACCAAACAAAAAACAACAAAAGCACCUUUUGUGUGCCCUUUAGUCUAUUUUCUUACAAAAACAGGAAGGUUCUUGAAUUUGUUCGAUCAUUUCUGGCUUACCAAAAACCCUUUUAGUGAGCCUACAAUACACUACAGUUACUAUUAUUUUUAAACAAAAUGAAGAAAAGAAUAUUAAAAACAAGGACUUUAAUAAAAAAGAAAAAAAUACAUACAGAAGUAUUGAUUGAUUGAAAAGCCUUGCCUUAAUAUUCUAUGCUUUUAGUUUUUAAAUUUUCCUUUGAUUUGGUGGUUACCUAAAGCAGAGUGUCAUCCUUAUAGGAUUUACUCUCUUGUCUAUCAUUAUUAUUAUUAUUUUUUUUCAGAAAGGUCAAAAGUUAAUUAUUGUUCAUGGGAAAAAUGAUUUUAAAUGCAUGUUUUAAAUGUUAGGCUUAAAUGUUAACUUUAAAUGUUAAAUCUCUUAACUUUUUGCGCGUGGGUCAUAAAUGCAGAGGAAAUACGUCAGUCCAAUUUUCCUUCUCAUCACAUGUCAAGCCCUUAGAAUUAAUGCAAAAAAAAAAAAACAAAAAAAAACAACCUUGAAUAACUGAAGCUUUAGAUAAAUCAUAAUCCUACGCAAUGCAGAGAAUUGGCAAGUUUCCACAAAAUUUCUGAACAUCACCUGGUGCAGUGUUACUUUUGUGGAAUGAACCUAUUGCUGUGGGAAAUAUUAAUACUUCAGAUGCAUUUUCAGAUUUUUUUGACGGAAGUCUUGUUUCUUUUUCUUAUGUUUCUUUAGGAGUUUUUCUCCCCUCCUGCUGUUUCUGGCCAGCUCUCCUGUGUAUUGUGGCCCUCUUCACCCUAUAUGCCUGUUUGGUGAACACUAUUGGUGCAUUCAGUCCACAGAACACAAAUACAAUAUUAAAUUUUUUGUGAAUUCAGAUAGUAAAUUAGCAUAUGUAAGCACCAGUUUAUUUUUUACAUAUUUCACAAUUGGUGUAAAUUUGGCUACAAGCCUUUUGGUUAUAAAUUAUUUUCUCAGCUCUAAUUAACUACUCACAUUGAUCAUGGUCAACUCCUGACAUGAAUUCCCUACUCAUGAAGUUGAUUUUAGUGGUGCCUUCAUCCUUUUUAUUGGUUGUUUCUUUUAGGCAAACAAGGUGGCUUUUUGUAGCAAACCCUUGCCCCAGUUUUCAAUUUUUAUUUCUCUUUUUAUUGCUACAAAAAUGCUUUUCCAUGCUUAUGUGCAACAAGGGUCACCACCUUUCAAAUAUUGUACUUGAAUAAACAGCACACUCCCACUCUGAAUGACAGCAAUGCUGUGGUAGUAAAACAUGGUUAUGUAAUUAAGGAAAAAAUUUGUUCAUGCCUUUUACAUUCUAAAUGGGGAGCUUUUGCUUUUUGCAAGCAAUUGAUUGCUACAUGAUGAAUAUUCAGAAUGGUUCAAUCAGCUUUGGGAUAGGUGGUAGCCCUGUCUGUAAUGACCCAUUUACAUAAAUGGAAAAUUCCCAGUAUCUAUUUCAUUUUAUUCAUACUUCUGUAACUAGUUUACUGAUUUCCAGUGUUUCUUUACUGUAUUAGCAGCACUUUGACACCAUCUCUGAUUUCCUGUCGUUCAAAUCAAUUCCAUCUCCUAAUUCUCCUCACUGUUGUGAAAGCAGGCCACCCUUGUUGACUGAUGUUGUGUGAGAUUUGGUAGCCCAAGUGGUUUUGUGCUAGGAAUGGACUUGCUAUGCUUAUGUUGUGGGAGGAAAGUUAACAAUGAGGAGGAGUACAUCUAGCUGAUGUACCUACUGAUUCAGUCUGUCAUCUUCUGUUUGAGAAGGCAAAGACAGUAAGUGUAAAAUUCCAUUCUAUUUUAUUAAUAUUUUAUAUUUUUCUUUUCAAGGUGAGUAAACAUGGCAUUUUCUCCUUCUCCUCCUCCUUCAAGGGACUUCGAAAAGUGCUAGUAAUCUUUAUACUUCUGGGCUAAUUUCUUCCUUUCAUCAGUUGCUUGCUGCAGCUGUCUUGCCUAGAUGUGAUUUGUGAACAACCAGAAGAUGGUCAAGAUUGACCUUCUCAGAGGCUGUUCAUUGCUUACAUCAUUUGAUGUCCAGCAUGUUAAAAGCCUUUGAAAAUAAAGACUGAAAUGUUGCAAAGGAAAAGGUGGAAAAGUUUCAUUAGAUCUGUUUAGUCUGUGGCGCUUACACCAGCCGACACCAUAAAAGGGCUCCGAUUCUUUUGUUCAUUUAGCUAAGCUUGCUUAGAACUACAGCGAUGAUGCAGUAAUACCAAACAUCUCUCUUUGAAGAUGACCAAACUGACAUCCACAAAGGAGAGGUUACCUCUCUAGAUGCAAGUUAGAAUUUACAUAUGGUGCACAGUAAAGAACUCAUUAAAGACUUCAACACGGCGAAAGAAGAGGACAUCUUUUAAAAGAAAAGCCAGCAAAAGAGGCAAUGAUGAUAACAAAGGUCGGCCAUUCGUGAUAAAGCCUAUUUCCUCUCCACUCAUGAAACCACUGUUGGUUUUUGUAAAUCCAAAAAGUGGAGGGAACCAGGGCACCAAAGUUCUCCAAAUGUUUAUGUGGUAUUUGAAUCCACGCCAGGUCUUUGAUCUCUCUCAGGAAGGGCCAAAAGAUGCGCUGGAGCUGUACAGAAAAGUGCCAAACCUGCGGAUCCUGGCCUGUGGCGGGGAUGGAACGGUUGGCUGGAUCCUCUCUAUCCUAGAUGAGCUGCAACUCACUCCUCAGCCUCCUGUGGCUGUCCUUCCACUUGGCACUGGGAAUGACCUUGCCCGCACCCUCAACUGGGGUGGGGGUUACACAGAUGAGCCUGUGUCCAAGAUCUUGUGUCAUGUAGAAGAUGGGACCAUUGUUCAGCUGGACCGAUGGAAUCUACAAGUUGAGCGCAACCCAGAUUUGCCACAGGAUGAGCUGGAAGAUGGGUCACGUAAGCUUCCACUCAAUGUCUUCAAUAAUUACUUCAGCCUUGGGUUUGAUGCACAUGUUACACUGGAGUUCCACGAAUCCAGAGAAGCAAAUCCAGAGAAAUUCAACAGCCGAUUUAGAAAUAAAAUGUUUUAUGCAGGGGCAGCCUUUUCAGACUUCUUGCAAAGAAGCUCAAGAGAUUUAUCCAAGCACGUUAAAGUUGUGUGUGAUGGUACAGACCUGACUCCAAAGAUCCAGGAGCUGAAGUUCCAGUGUAUAGUGUUUUUAAACAUUCCCAGGUAUUGUGCUGGCACAAUGCCCUGGGGAAACCCUGGAGAUCACAGAGACUUUGAACCUCAGCGCCAUGAUGAUGGCUACAUUGAAGUCAUUGGGUUCACCAUGGCCUCACUGGCUGCUCUCCAAGUGGGUGGUCAUGGAGAGAGGUUGCAUCAGUGCCGUGAGGUGACGCUUUUAACGUACAAGUCUAUCCCCAUGCAAGUGGAUGGUGAACCUUGUCGGUUGGCUCCCUCACUCAUUCGCAUCUCCUUAAGGAACCAAGCCAACAUGGUGCAGAAGAGCAAGAGGAGAACAUCCAUGCCUUUGUUGAAUGAUCCUCAUUCCAUCCCUGAUCGCCUGCGGAUCAGAGUGAACCGGAUUAAUUUGCAAGAAUAUGAGGGGCUACAUUAUGACAAGGAAAAACUCCGUGAAGCUUCCAUUCCCUUAGGAAUUAUAGUUGUACGAGGAGAUUGUGACUUGGAGACCUGUCGUAUGUAUAUUGACCGUCUACAAGAGGAUCUACAGUCAGCAACUUCUACUACACAGAGAGUUCAUUACCAGGACCAAGAAAGCUCUUUCCCAAGAGUACUUUCUGUUCAGAGGCUCUCUCCUAGAUGGUGCUUCCUAGAUGCAACUUCUGCUGAUCGUUUUUACCGCAUUGACAGAUCUCAGGAACAUUUGCACUUUGUGACGGAAAUUUCGCAGGACGAGAUUUUUAUUCUGGACCCAGAGCUGGUAAUGUCACAGCAGGGGGGGACGCCACCUGGAAUGCCUGAUCUGGUAGUGGAGCAGGCCUCUGGAAUAUCAGAUCGGUGGAACCCUGCUGUUCGAAAGAGGAUGCUGAGCGACAGUGGCCUUGGCAAGAUUUCCCCACACUACGAGGUACCUGACAAACAAAAGGACGCCAGCCAGACCUAUAUACUGCAGUCACCAGUUUCUUCAGAAGAUCAAGCACUUUUACAGGCAGUCAUAGCUGGUGAUCUGCUGAAGUUCAUAGAAUGCUGUAAAAAAGGAGCCAAUUUGCUAAUCCAAGGACCUGACCACGGCUCCCUGUUGCACCACGCUGCCAAGAGUGGGCAUGGCGAGAUUGUGAAGUAUAUCCUGGAACAUGGUCCAUCUGAAUUACUGGACAUGACAGACAGUGAAACGGGUGAGACAGCAUUACAUAAAGCGGCCUGCCAACGCCAUCGUGCCAUCUGCCAGCUCCUGGUGGAUGCGGGAGCCUCGCUGAGAAAGACGGACUCCAAGGGUAAGACUCCUCGUGACAGGGCUCAGCAAGCUGGUGAUCCAGAUCUGGCCUCAUAUCUGGAGAGUCGACAGAAUUACCAAAUGGUUCCCCAUGAGGAUUUGGAAACAGCAGUCUGAUGUCUGAAAACAGAGAAGAGGAUCUUCAGAAACAGCAAGGCUGCACCUGAGCACUUGGGCAUCGUGUGAGGAAGAAGCUGAUGGAAUCAACAUGUCUCUCGCUCUCGUGGAAAAUAUCAGAGGACAUGCCACCAGUUUCUAAGGGCUACAGAGUCUUGCCACGGAACAGUUAGGUUCCAUAGGUUAGCCCAUGAUGGAGGAGGUGGGACACUCAAAGGUCUGUGGAAUCCACGGGCCACGGAAAUUUACCUUAAUUGCUUCCAGCAAGUAGCAUGAACUUCUCCCAUGUUCAUCUGUACAAUUUAUUAAAAAAAAAAGAAAAAAAAAAAAAAGAGAGAAGUGAGUGUGGGGGAACCAAACUAACUGGGACAUUAAAACACCUGACCAGGCCCUCCACCAUCCCUACAUUUUCUUGCACACCUUUAAUUCUCCCAUUCCUCUCACUUGUCAUCUGGUAAAUAGCAUCUGUUAUCUCUGUGUUUUCACAAAUGGUCAGGCAGCAGCAAAAAAAGAAUUGAGGAGCUCUGGAAUGCCCUUAGGAAGAAAACAUUUUUACCUGCUGUGUUCCCUCCUUUGCUAUCCCUUUGGAAGCUUCUUCCUCAGUGUUCUGUCACUGGGGAGUUUUCUCACUUUUGGAGAGGAUUCUGCCUAUUGCCUUGUUUUCUAGGGUGUGGUGCAUAGUUCAGUUUACAACAGUAACAAAAACUAACCUCCUCAUUGUUGCUGCAUAUAUGCUUAUGGUAUCCUGAUGAGACAGUUAUUUGAAUAGAAAGGUUAUCCAAUAUAGCUACAUUGUAUGACAGAGCAGAAAGCUACCCCUAAAGUUUCUUACACCACUGUUGUACUUAUAAUCACCAACCAGUUUUUGUCAGCGUUCAGGCCUGACUAAAAACUAAUAGCUAUAUAGCUAUUUAUUUUUAUUUUUAUUUUUUUCACUUCUGGAAAGAUGGGUUUUAGGGCAAGGAAAGGAAACCUAGGAGGUCAUCUGUCAGCCAUGAAUAAAUGAACAAGCACUGCAUUUGUUGGGAACAGGAAAAAUUUCCUCUGGCUGAACCUGAAAACUACCUGAUUCCCCAAGGGGAAUGGAAGAAAGUUCUUAAAGAGAGGCUCUCCCCAAGAAAAAGGACAAGCAUCAGCUCUUUGCCUCAUUACUCACUAUAAGCUUGGAAAUUUAAACUUGCUUAGCUGCUGUAAAGGCCUGCCAUGUCUACUGUACUCAUCUGUUCUCUGUCUUACCUCAAAGAUUAUAACUACAAAAGAAGAAAAAUCAGACACACUCAGACAUACAGAAAAUUUUCACCUUCAGGUUUUCUAUCACUAAAGACAAUUCAGCUGCCAGAAGUAGCAGAGCUUCCACUUUCCCCAGUUCUUAUGAAGACACUCAUGGCCCACUUUUGGCAUAAUUCUUGCAAUAGAUUUCUAAAUUUUGCUUUGCUGUUUGUUUUGAAAGAUCAUGUAGUGAUUGGUUUCAAAUGCAUUUCUAGGGAUAGGUCUUUGGUAGAUGUUGCUCAUCAAGAUUACAUGCAGUUUGGAAACCAUGGAAAAAACUCAGGUCAUUAUUCAGAUAAGUUUUAUUUCCUCAGUAGAAGUUGUGGAAAUUAAAUGAAUGAAAAUCCCUUCUUUAUUCUUUUUAAGUUUAUCUUUUCCCUCCCUCUUUCCCUUUCUCCCUCCUUCUCUCCCUCUUUCCCUCCCUCCUUCCUUCCCUCCAUUCUUCCUUCCUUCCCUUCUUCCAUCUGUUCUUUUCUCCUUCCUUCCCUCCUUCCCUCCUUCCUUCCUUUUCCUUCCUUUUUGAGUGAUUGUUAUGGCAGAAAAAGAAAAGCUAAAUAUAUAUAUAUUAUUUUAUUUUUUCUGUUUUCAAAAGUUUAUUUGAUAUGAGCGAAAUAUUUCUUUAGUAUUUCUUCCUCUGGAAGGAAACUAUAUAUAUUUGUAAUCGAUUGAUCAGUGGCGACAUGAAAUGUAUUUUGUCUUUUUUUCUAUCUUUACUUCUCUUGUUUGAGAAAUAAAAUAUGAAAGCCAAAUUCCUUCCCUUAAUAAUAACGCAGGGGCUUAUGGUGAAGGUGUACAUAUUGGAACCGAAUUUGGCAAUGGUUAAAAUAAAAAAUCAGAGUAUAAUUUUGGUGUAUGUGAAACUUCCAUAAGGAAGACCCUCACCCUCACAGUAUAGUUUCAUGGUAGGCAUUGCAUCAUUUUCUAACUGUGAGGAAGGACUAUACUGUAAUAUUUCUAUAUAUUUGACUUAAAAUAUGAAUGAUGCUAGUAUCAGUUGUAUCUUCUUGCUGUUUUACUGAUGUGAGGAACAGAGAGAGCUUCAAUGAUACCAGGGACUGGAUUUUGUCCUGUGCUGAGGCCAGACUGGGGCCUGAGCACAGGAUGCUCAGUGAGCACCUUGCAGCUCCCUCAUCCUUAAGUCACAAGAAGGUGGAACAAUAAAGGCUUGCUCUGAUCACAGGUAGCCUCUGGAAGCCGCAUGUGAAUUAUUACACAGGGUGGGGCCUGGUCCCUCUUCAUCUCCUGUAGUGCUCCCCUUGGUGAUGUCUCUUGUGCCCAGGGGUUGUGCGCUGUUCACAGAAGGGGCUGGCUCUGGAGUAGACAGAUUUCCUGAGCUCCUUUCUGCCAUUUGGACUGCUCAAAGUAGCUGGAGCACACAGGAGAGAGCCUGGCCUGCUUUUUUCCCUAGCAGCAGGAGUGUGAUGCUAUGAUCAGAAUGAGACGUGUGCCUCUGGAAAGCUUACUGCUCUGUGUACGUGGUAGGAGACAGUUACUGUGUGAUGGAAAUAAACCCCAGUGCAGGAGUUAGGACAGGAGCUGGCUGGAUGUAGUGCCUUUUAACAUUCAAGGUGUCCAAAGCACUGCACAAGUAAUGCAUUAGAGACUGGUGAUGUAUUGUAUGUAGAUAACAGAGCAUGUGUAUUAUUUUUUGUGAUGGCUCACACACAGUCAGGGAUAUCAGAGGUUGGUUCACUGAGGGAUGAAGUUUGGGGUGAGGAUACAGCAGGAAUAUUUCGUAUUCCUUUCCCCAUGCUGUGAGAUUCCCAAUUUUGGACAGCCACUAGAAGCAGGCAGACCUCAGCUGUUAAGGGUAGCACACACAUAUUGAAUCUCUUGAGUACUUGGGGUCUAGCUUAGUACAGUAUCAUUUGUUCCUGCACUGUGUAGAGCCCACUGGAAGCCCACUUAGAUUACACUUGAAACAUUUUGAUUUACUAGAAGUGUCUAUUCUGUGGGUGUGUCUGUAUAUGUGUGUAUAUUGCUAUAUAUAUGUAUAUUUAUAAAUAUUAGUAUGCAUAUAUAUAGACUCAUACACACUUUUAGGCCUGUGCCAUUUGAAAAACAAGGUACCUAGGGGUGCUCAGAUGCUGAGGUUGAUGGACUGGCAAAAUGUCAUUCUCCAUUUUAAUUUGUUAUUAAUGGGGACCCUUUUCAGUAGAACUGAGGAGCUCCUGAAUUGUUCCAUUGUACUGGUUUGCUAUCUCAUUCUGGAGUUAAAUGGAGGGAAAUAAAAUAUUUAUAACAUUGAUAAAAUAAACUUACUUUUGUUAUUUAAUAGCAUCAGUUACUUUUAUUGUUUCAUGCUUCAUUGCUAGAGAUAUAAUUCUUUGUUUUCCAAGGCAUGAUGGUGUCAUAUCUUUCUCACUAAUUAUAGCACCCUUCAGUAUUGUAAGGUGUAAGGCUGAAUGACUCAUGCAAGAAAGGAGUGCAAGGCAAAUUUUGCAUUGGCUGACAGAAUUGGCCUCAGACUCCAGUGACUCUUUCACUAUUUCACAUGAAGACUUUACUGUGGUUUUACACUUUCAGAUAUCUGUAGGCGUUUUUAAUGACAACUAUCACUUCACUUUUCCCCAGCAGUAUCAACUCGUGCUGUAGCCUGGAUUCUGCUACAUAAGGACUGUCUUCUAGAAGUACCAUAGACAUAAAGAAAACAGAACAAAAUUUAUAUGUUGUUGCCGUUGAUCUUCCCAGUAGUAUUUGCAGAGCUGACACUUUGUGGAUGAAUAGCUGUUUUAUUUUUUCUGGUAUGGCAGUGGAAUACUCUUUAAGCAGUAUUUAACGUCCCCUUUUGCUCAUUUUUGCCUUUUUUUUUUUUUUUUUUUUUUUUUUGCUGUGACAGUAGCAUGCAUGUUAAUGAAAAUCACUAGCACACAACCUCACGGCUGGAAGAUGACUGUUUUCCUUUCAAGCUGUACCAGAUGCCUGCUGUGGGGUGCAAUUAUGUGCUGACCCUUUCAGUUUGUCAAAAACACGUUGAGAAGAUCUGAUUCUUGGUAAAAGCUAUGAAAGGGACAAGGUGCACUGGUAAUCUAAAGUUUGCUGGUGUUUAAUGAUACACAAGAAAUAUGUGAUGUGAAUAUGCUGGAAGCAUGGAUACUUUGAAAACACUCCAAGGACAGUUAUGUCCUUGCAUUUCAUAUAUUCCAAGAAGGAAGCAGUUCCUUAUGCUGAUCCAUCUGAGGUAUGUCAUUUUCUUUCCUCCGUUUUUUGCAUCUUUUGCAUCAGACUCAUGUCCAUGGAGAAGUACUUUGCAAGAAUGGUGUUUAAGCUUCUGUACAAGAACUCUUCUACUAUAUUGAAAUUAACAUUU